AAUCUAGUUGUACGCCGUUUUGGAAUCAGAGGGAGAGAGGGAAAAACCCGUAAAUUCGUUCGAAACGGCGUCGUAUUGACCUUCUCAUUCUCCUUAAAAGGAGGAACAGAAGAAUCCCAAUAAGCAAAGAGAUUCUGAAAAUUAUAACUUCUUCAUUGCCUCUGUUUUCUAUAUAAUACACAUUCAAUAAAAAUCCAAUCUUUCAUAUUUUCGAGAGAGAUUCAAACAAACGCAUUGAGGCUUGGAACAACCAACGAUGGGGUUGAUUGUGGAGGUCGAGAACGGCGAGGACAACGACGCCGUUCUGGUUCCGCCCCCUAACUUCGCCAUGGUCGAGGACUGCAUUUUCCGAUCCAGUUUUCCUACCUCAUCCAAUUUCCCCUUUCUCCAAACCCUAAACCUUCGCUCCAUCAUAUACCUGUGCCCCGAGCCUUAUCCUGAGGAAAAUCUAGAGUUCCUUCGGUCGCAGAAUAUUCGGCUCUUUCAAUUUGCAAUUGAGGGGAAAACGGAUAUUUCUACCCCUAUUCUCAAGGAUUCUGUGAUGGAUGCACUGAAGGUUUUGAUUGACGUGAGAAAUCACCCUGUUUUGAUCCACUGCAAGCGAGGAAAGCAUAGAACUGGUUGCCUUGUUGGUUGCUUGCGAAAAUUACAGAAUUGGUGUUUAUCUUCUGUAUUUGAGGAGUACCAACGAUUUGCUGGUGCUAAAUCCAGGACAAUGGACUUAACAUUUAUAGAAAUGUUUGACAUUCUAAGCCUGAGCCAGUGCCUUUACAGCAUAAUCUACCAGUACCACGGAUAUGGUUCGAAAAAGCGUCGGUUGUUGUACAAAGAAGAGAAUUUACAGAAGCCCCGAUUGACAUCAUUUUAGCUGUGACGGGAUUUAAUUCUUUUCCUUUUACUUUGUAGAUUUCAUACUUCAUAUAGUUUUUCUCAGAUUCAUCCAGCGUCAUUUUCAAAUAUCUUUAAGACUACUUCGACUUCUAAAGAAAACCGUGUGGUCUUUUUUUUUUCUUUUCCACCUUCCCAUUUACCCAUAUUAUUUACAUUGUCUAGCACCAACAGAAAUAGAGUGGUGCAAGCAAUUCAUAGAAACGAGUAUGCCAUUAAUUGUGAGUGUAGUUUUCUGAAGCCAUGUAUUUGUAAGCAAAUAAUAACCAUUAUUGGUGUAUAAGAAAAUUUGAUCUGAUAGUUCCAAGGAAUGGAUCCAUCAAUAUUUUUUCAUGAUCCUUCUGAAGUAAGAAGAUAAGUGCUGAUUUGGUAAGCAGCAUAGUGGAGGGAGCAACUUGGAUUGGUUUGCGUUUGGAAUUUGAAUUUUGGAGUUUAGUGUUUACUAUAUAAGUGAAAAGUUAGAAGAGCUUGUCCAACAGAAAUUCGUGAAGAAAAACAGUAACUUUUUCCUUUUGAUUUAUAAGCUUUUGCUUUGUGGAUAACAAUGAAGACACUCCAAAACAAACAAAGCUGUUUGAUUGAUGUAAAGGAAUGAUGUAAACGAAUGCUAUCAUGUAGUAUAUCUUUGAAAUUGUUCUGUA